AUGCGAGAUUGGUUGUGGUCUCCAGAAGAAGUGAAGGAUACUCCUUCGGUUAGAGCUGGAAUGUCCCACGCAAACGAAGCAAAGCUCCGAAGAGAAGGAAUAAGGUUGAUUAUGGAAGUCGGAACAGGCGUUAGAGCUAAAGCGUGGCCCACGAUAGGAACUGCUGCUGUCUAUUUCCAUCGUUUUUAUAUGUUUCAUACUUUCCAGGAAUUCGCUCGUGAGAUGACAGCAAUGGGAUGCCUUUUUCUUGCUGGCAAAGUGUCAGAAACACCGAAAAAAUGUAAAGAUAUCGUGACGGCUGCUCAGAAUGUUUUCCCCACUGUAUAUGGGCAGAAGAAUCGCAACGCCUUUGUUGACGAAAUAAUGGGUAUUGAGCGUGUGCUGCUCCAAACAAUGAAAUUCGACUUGCAAGUAGAUUUGCCGUACCAAUAUCUCAUUGACUAUUCGAAAAAGUUCAAGUUAACUAAGACUGAGAUCAACUCUCUAGUCCACACAUCAUGGACUUUUGUUAACGAUAGCUCAUUUACAGUUUUGUGCUUAAUUUGGGAACCACAGGUUAUCGCCGUUGCCCUUCUUCACCUUUCAAUCACAGUUCGAAAAGUGAAUAUAGGCUUGCCAGAUUGUUGGUGGAACGAAUACAUUGCGAACUUAUCGAACAGCCUUAUCGAUGACAUCUGCCAUAAGCAGGUUUUGGAUUUCUACUCUAUCUCGAAGGAAGAGAAAAUGGAUUUCAUGCCUCCCCGUCCAUUUGUUCUCGGCCAAACACCUAUCAUGCCAGCACCUGCAGCCGCUAAAUCUGUUUGUUUAGCAGUUUCCAAGUUGUUAUUCUGUGAUAUGUAA